AUGUGAGGUUAUGAGAUUAACUCGAUCAUCUUCGAAAUACCGACUCUGCGAAAUUAAGGUGAGCUCCGAGGAGGAAAUAAUGUCGGCCGCAAAGCCUGAGGUAAAGAGCUGGAAAGAGUACAACCGUAAACGGAAGGAACUUCGAAAACAGUGGAGGGAGGAAAAACUGACGAAGAGGGCGAAGAAGGAGCUCGAGGAGGAGUCGAGGAACGAGACGCUGGUCGAGCGCGCGGAGGAGGGCGAUGCGAGUCGCGAGGUGCGCAGGGACGUCUGCACCGUCAGCAUAGCGGUGCCCGGGUCGAUCCUCGACAACGCGCAGUCCCCGGAGCUGCGCACCUACCUGGCGGGACAGAUCGCGCGUGCCGCCUGCGUGUACAGGGUGGACGAGGUCGUGGUGUUCGACGACAAGGGCGAGCUCACGGAGGACGAGAUGCGGAAGGCCAGGAAGAACGACGCGCUGGGCGAGGGCCGGGCCGGGUGUCUGCAGCUCGCCAGGAUACUGCAGUACAUGGAGUGCCCGCAGUACCUGCGCAAGUACUUCUUUCCGAUCCACAAGGACCUGCAGUACGCGGGUGUGUUGAACCCGUUGGACGCGCCGCAUCAUCUGCGGCAGGAGGACGAAUUCUCGUAUCGGGAGGGUAUAGUCACCAACAAGCCCAUAAAGGUCGGCAGGGGUUCCCAGGUGAAUGUGGGACUGUUGAACGAGAUUCACGUGGAUAAGGUGCUGAUGCCUGGGUUGAGGGUGACGGUGAGGAUACCGGCGGAUCAGCCAAAUCGGAAGAAGAUGCAGGGUGUUAUUGUGUCGCCCAACACACCGCGCGCGGAGACCGGUGUCUAUUGGGGCUACAACGUUAGGCUGGCCAAGAACCUGACGGAGGUGCUGACGAAUUGCCAGUACAAGGAGGGAUACGACUUGACGAUCGGAACAUCCGACAGGGGAACGUCGAUCGACGAGAUGGAAGCGAGGAGCUUGGAGUAUCGCCACUGCCUCGUAGUAUUCGGAGGUCUCGCUGGGUUGGAAGCUGCCCUGGACGCGGAUCCACACUUGGACGUCGACGAUCCGUCUCUGGUCUUCGAUAAAUAUGUGAACACGUGCCCGCAGCAAGGAUCGCGAACAAUCCGAACGGAGGAGGCUAUACUCAUAACUCUAGCUGAAUUGAGAACUAAAUUAGUAGCUAAAGAUAUCACGAAAGAACUUCUAAAAAAAUAAUAGUAGCAUGAAUGGUAUAAAAUAGUAACAAGUACAUCAUGUAUCUGUUAAAGUCAUGUUGAAUUUUAUCAGAUCGAUUGUUUGCCAUGUUAUUGUAAAAAAAAUACAUCUUUGUAUUUAUAUUUUUGUACA